AUGCAGAGUCGACCAGACAGGCCUCUCAUCGUGAAAUGCACCUUUGACAGAUGGAACAAGAGGAUUACCUUUGCAUCCUCUAGGAACUGCACCUACAUUCUCCUCCGGCACAAGGUAGAGCAAUGCUUCUCCUUGUCGGCUUCGACGUAUGCUAUCACCUACAAGGACGACGACGGCGAAAUCACCGAUAUCAGAAACGAAACUGACCUGACGGAGGCUAUCCAAUACUUCCAAGCAGGCAAUGACGACCCUCCUCUAUCCUCAGCGGCAUCCAUUCUGUCCGGUCGCAGUUUCGGAAGUCGCAAGAUCACCCUUCGCGUCCAUAUCACCGUCGACUACGAUGGCCCCAGUCUCUCCGAUACGUCCUCUGUAAUCAGCCUGGAUGAAUACAGAGGUCGCAACGGCAGCGAGUUUUCCUUCUCCUUGGGCGCCCCUUCCGUAGAACUUGAUGACGAUUCCGUCACCGUCAGCUCCAAGGAUACCGGCGCCAUGUCCAGAGCAGAAUCCUCCCGCAGCGCUGGCUUGAGACCUCCCGACCGUGCCUCACAAUUGUCUGGCGAGUCCUCGUUUAGCAUGGUAUCGCGCGGUACCAAUGGACGUUCUCGAAGUCCUGGCCUUCAAACAGCUCGUGGUGGCGGGGAUCCUUUCUUGGACGACUAUCGACAGUCUGUCGAGAGCCGCUUUCCGGAAGACCCGUCUGCCGUCAUAAAUCAUGAUUCCCUUGCCCAUAAUCGUGGGGCGGAGUGGCUCCGGGAUCAGAAUGAGCGCACGAUUCGCGCUACGCUUGGUAUGCUGCCAGAACCAUCUGAAGUUGACACAUGUUCUCUUGUAGAGCAAGAUGCUUCCCAAACUCACGACGAUAUCACUUACGACAUCGAUCCUAGUAUCGAUACUGCUUCCAAGAUGGAGAAACCACGGACCUACGUCAUCCCAGAAGAGAAGCCAUCUCGCAGCCAUUCUAACCCGUCCACCAUAGAUGCUAUUCCUCGCGAACUCCUUGAAUCUCUUCCCCUCUCAAGUCCCGAAGUCCUGACGAGCUGUUCCGAAUGCGGAGUGCUCCUGGAUUCAAUCCGUUACGUUUGCUCCAUGUGCGGAGAAAAAGAUCCUAUUGCAGUAUCCGGUCAGACGAAUGGUAAAGGGAAAGACAGGGAUCCCUUUGAUGACGAAUUAUUGUCCUAUCCCCCUCAGGCCCACCGCCAUCUCCAACCACCAUCCCAAAAUCUUUCAAGUUCAUCGCUAACAUAUGUUGGAAGUUACGAAUCCCUCGCCAAUCCUCACCACCGCUAUAAACCUCUCCCGUCUGUGCCUAACCUGGGUUCUACUUCACAAUCGCCCAGCAAAGGAUACGAGCUAUGCUCUGGGUGUAUUGAGUCUGCCGGCUUGAUGCACGCCAUAGAAGCCGGAGGUGUCGCUUCUGGGUCGUCGCCUACAGCAUCCAAUAAAGCAUCAUCGUCCCCGGAGGGUGCUUCCGAAUGGCGCCGCCUGGCUCCGAAAGAGAAAGGUAAACUCAGACACGCAUAUCACGAGAAGAUUUGGAGCUACGAAGGUUGGAAGGACGUUGAACAAGACGCUGCGGACACAAUUACAUGUUCGGCUUGUGGCACAGUUACACCUGUUGGUCUUGGGAAGUGUUUCAAGUGCGCGUCGUGUAAGAAACACUACUUGUGCCGGGGAUGUUACAGCCAAGUUCAUGAACGACACCCACAACACGCAUUUUAUGUCGUACCAGAUAAAGACCCGCGAUCACUCGGUGAACCUGAUUAUUUCCCAAAUGCACCCUCGGAUCCUAGCGACGAAGAAUUCAUGAAGCAUCCCGGUGUGAAAUGCGCAGCAGUGAACAUUGUCGGUGCCCGGUUUCACUGUGCCAUCUGCGAUUCCAUUGACAUAUGCUCCAAUUGCGAGUCGGCUGGACUACCGGGGAAUCUGGACUCUGCUGACGGUGGCCAUAAUUCGUCCCAUAUUCUGAUCAAGAUCCCAUUUCCCUUGGAGACGAACGAGGUACAAACAGCAAGCCGGAGAGCUAUACAUCUGUGGACGGGGAGGGACGCACAGCAUGCAAUACACGCAGGUUCUCCUUCAAAGGCUAGCUCAGUCGUGUCGGGCUAUAGCAGGACGGUGGUGGGUACAUCACACGCCAAUGAAAGCGAACAUGACCAUCUGUGCAACGGAUGUGCACGGCCGAUCGUAGGUGUGCGAUAUCAAUGUGCCAAUUGUCCCUCAAAACCAAGGUCGUACAAUCUGUGCGCUCGAUGCGAGGAAAGGUCUUAUCGAUUACACGACCCUCACCAUGUAUUCUUCAAAUUACCUCGACCCGUUGACUAUCCCAUAGAGUCUCAGUUCCCUUUGAUACCCAAACUAUACAAGGUGCCGGCGGGUCCGCCGCCAGAUGCAACAGUAUUAUUUGUAGACCCGAAAGCAUACCUAAGGGACGUAUACAAUAGCGCUGCUGUAUGUGACAACUGUAUGUCCCGUAUACGGGGCGUAUGGUUCAGGUGUGCGUAUUGUGGUAAAGACUUGUGUGAUGCCUGUGAGCCUGUGGACGUGCACAAUGACAAGCACGUCUUCCUCGUGUUCAAAUCUUUGGUAGACAUGCAAGCCGUCAAAAUAUUCACAGAUAUUGAACAUCCAACCCGCAGUCCACCUAUCAUUCCACACCCGGUGUAUCGUUGAUCGACGUUAGCUUCCAGUUUUGCGAUGG